AUGCUCGCCUGCAAGCAUCAGUCGCAGAGAAUCACCCGCAUCAGCACAUCAGUGGAACCACCGAACUCGAACAAUCAAAGAUCUGAAGAACCUGCGACCAACGUUGUUGCUACCAUCAAGCGCUCCUUCUGCGAGCCACAACAAGGCAGUCAGACUGCAGGUUCGGCUUGUCAGGUGGUCGUCGAGCAGAUCUCUCAGCCUCGGCGUCGAUCAGAGCAGCCAGGUCGGCUAUCGACAGAGGAGUCUCGUUACGCCAUCGACUUGCAGCCCCUUCGAGUCGGGUCCCUUGUCUUGCAUAGCUUGACGGUUCUAUAG